AUGGUAAUUCAUCUACACUUACGAGGAUCCGGAUCCUCGACACUUCGGCGCCGCAUCGGUGGGUUCCAACAUCUUCUGCUCCCCUGUCCUUCGGCAAGCCGCCGUCAGAUUUUUCCACCGUCAUGGCGCAAUCGGAUUUUCCCUCUUCCUCCGGGCGGAAGCCGUGGUGUGGUGAGCAAAGUGGUGUAUCGCCCCCGUGCAUCGGAAUCGGCGAGCGGUACGGCGCCGCUCGGAGAAAAUGAAAAUUGCCAGAGUACUCCGUCCGUUGCGACAGCAAGGCCUGCAGAUCCUGCUGCCAGCAGCAUCGCUGCGUUCGCUUCCAGCGUCUCGGCGAAACGGAAUCCCGACGAUGCGAUGUUGAGGACUCUGCGGGAUACCGUCCUCGAGCCCCUGCUCGGCUUUCGCAAAUUUACCGACACGCAGCGGCACGCGCUGCCGGUGCUGUUCCGGGAAGAUGCCAAGUCUAUUCUAGUGCGCGCCGCCACUGGGAGUGGCAAGACGUUGUGCUAUCUCCUUGCUAUCCUAAAACAGCUUGGGGAUCCGCGCCUAGGGCCUGGUCUCUUUAGUCGGGCAACUACUGACCACGGCGCAUCAGUUGUUGACGGAUGCAGUGCUGAGUCCGCGGCGCUCCUUGCAUCUGACCAAAGCAAGGAUGAGGAAAUGACGGAAAUACCGCCACCCGGUGUGCGCGCGUUGGUAAUUGCGCCCUCGCGGGAGCUGGCGAUGCAAAUCGCCCACGAAGCGGAAAAGACGUUACUGAAAAAGCAAACUUCCAGCACUAGCCCUGCCAACAAAGGUGCCGCAAACCCUCCACACGAGUCGGCGCACGCAAGUUUGUGCUGCCUCGUGGGCGGCUUGCGCGGGCGCAAAAUGGACUGUGUGGAGCUGAAAAAGCGCAAGCCAAAUGUCGUGAUCGCCACUCCCGGGCGAUUACUGGACCACUUUGAGCAGACCUUGUUCUUCCACGAUUUGUUCAAGCACUUGGAAAUCGUAGUGCUCGACGAGGCCGACCGACUGUGCGAUUUGGGCUUUCUGGGUGACCUCAAGCGGCUCCUUUCCUACUUGACCACCGCGAACCAGAACCCGAAUCUGCGGUAUUUACUGUUUUCUGCCACACUGCCGGCGACGCUGGAAACCAACGUCAUUGCGCGCUACAUCGACGGUAUGCAAGAAAAAAAGUGUGUAAGUGUAAAUUUGUGUUGCAGAAGAUGCAACAGAGUUACACCUGUCAUGCCAGACAGCCAUGAAGUCCUAUUUUCAUGUGUGUUUUCCUUUACAAACCAUGCAUGACAGGUUUUCUCUGUCAUGUAGAGCAAAUUUGUGAUGCCGUUCCUCAAAGAAAGUUACACUUACACACUUUUUUUCCUGGAUAGACGGCUCCGUGGUGCGGGUCGAGUGUGACCAGGAGCGCGCCGGUGAGGACGCUGAAAAUGGGCGUGCACCAGACCAUCGAAAACCUUCUGGAAAAAUGGAGAACCACGACGAGACGGAUGAGUGGGGCGACGAAGAAGUAGAUGAUGAUCUUUGCGACGCCAGUGAGAACAACAACGACAGCACCUACCUCCGGACCGACAAGAUGCAUCAAAGUGCCGAGUUUGUGUCUGCCGAGACCUUACUUCCAGCGCUCCACUACGCGCUCACUGAGGAGUUGAAGCAGAAUCCCAGCAAUUACCGGAUCAUGGUUUUUUUCCCAACCGCUCGACUUACACAGUUCAUGGCAGCCUUCUUCCGCGAGCUGCUUCGCUUUCCUGUACUAGAGAUCCACAGCCGCAAGGACGCGCACCAGCGCUUGCGCACCAGUUGCGAGUUCCGCACGAACGGCAAACCGUCGAUUCUGUUCACCAGUGAUGUCUCCGCCCGCGGUAUGGAUUAUCCAGACGUAAGCCUGGUAUUGCAAUUCUGCGCGCCGCACAACUUCGAGCAGUACGUGCACCGAGUGGGGCGGACCGCUCGGGCCGGGAAAACAGGCCGCGCACACCUACUGCUCUCGCACCACGAGGCGAAGUUUGUCCAAGUUCUCAGUGCGAAUUUUCAGCUCGCUGGUGUGCUGCCGGACAAUGUCGUUUCUUCGCUGCCCCCGGGAACAAAUGAUCUUCUUGGAAGAAAUUCCGAACCGACGAGGUCGCGAGGUUCCUUAUCUAGUAGCGCACAAGAACAAGAACAACAAAUCUUCCGAUCGGGAGGACGACUUUCAACAACAAACCGCAACACCGUCGACUUCCUCGAUACCACGCAACGGUACUACUAUUCCGAAGCCCUGAAUGCAGCGACAAUGUCGUGGGUGUCUUCGACCAGCAUGAAUUCGUUGGCCGCCGCCGCGUUCGCGUCGUUGCUUAGCCAUUUCAAGCUGUACACCAACGUCCUGCAACUUUCCGAGGACCAAGUCGUCCAGGCGGCGUACCUGAUCCUGACCGGCUGUGGUAUGGUGCAGAUGCCCGUCUUGUCCUACGAACUCGCGGAGGGACUCGGCCUGCAGAAGCAUCCCGGUUUGAAAAUAGCGCACGACUUGCGCGCGGGCGUAGUGCCAACCGGACCGCUGGACCCGGUGGCGACGUACAACAACCGGGUGAAAAAGCGCGGAGGCGGGCGACGAGGUGGGAAGAGAUUCCUUUGAAAGGAAAUAUGAAAUAUUGUGAAGUGAUACUGCACUCACGAUGAGAAUCAAUCAGAUACAUAAACACACAUAAUGAGAGACAGCAAUAACUGUAGACUGAUAGAUGAAUUUCAAAAGCGCAUGAUACGUGCCGAUGGUCUACUUGUACUACUUCACCACAAUGAAAAUAAUCAUGAACGUUUACUGACAUCAACUUGUGUCACAAAUGAACUGUCAUACGAUGUUGCACUCGGGUAAAAAAUCACGCAAACGAAUUGUCACAAGAUUUUGCAUUUCAUGAAGGACAAGCGCUUUCAACGCGUUUGCAUUUUCUUUUGCAAUUCUUGAGACGAACUGGCA